AUGUCCGGAUUUGAGGUCCUAGGUAUCGCUGCUAGUGUCAUUCAGGUCGCAGACCUAGGCACCAAACUAUCAGUCAAGUUAUUUUCGUUCUAUCGACAAAUUAAAAAUGCCGACCAGGCCAUCCAGAAUCUCUCGAGUGAUGUUGCACUUACAUGUGCGCUUCUGCGUGAGCUAGGUGAGACGCUGAGGACGGAUGACCUAUCGAAGCUUUAUUCGAAAGAAGCUUUCCAAGGCUUAAGAGGCGUCAUAGAUCAGUGUAAAGGUGUCCUUCAGAAAAUCGACAGUACCUUAAGUCAUACCGAUGGCUCAGGAAAGACCCGUUUACAACAAAUCACCGGUCGAUUCCGCCUUCUCCUUCUUGAGCCUAGUUUAGAUCCUUUGAAGAAUGACUUAAGAAGCCUCAAGUCCACCAUGGUACUUUUGCUCAACGUCAUUAUCUAUGCCGGACAGGUGCGAAGCGUUCCAGCUUUACUCCAAGAACAGCGCGAUUUGAUAGAAAGUCUCCUCGAUGAGAAAAGAGAGGACAACGAAAAGCAAACGUCUUUCACAGUGAGCGCAGGUAUCGAAACUAAUAAAAAUAUUAGCUCUGCCGAGUGGACAGCAUACAACGGUCUCAUUCGGAAGAUGCUGCAUGAGAUUGACUUUUGCAAGUGUAGGCUUGAUAAUAGCCGUCACUUCCGAAUCAGAGAUGGUAUUCUAAAUAUACAUUCUGGUGAAAUUAUGCGAUUCCACGCAUCAGAGAAUAUUCCAAUUACUUUUGAUCAGGCUCUCUUUGCCCAGAAUGCCCGUAAAAAUAAUCGGAUUACAAACACCCGCCUACCAUAUAACUCUUCAAUAUCCUUAACCCCGUCAGAGUCUGGGACGCCUGAGACUGAAAAUUUAAGAAAUACUGAUCACUCAGACGAUGGGAUGAACCGGCCUCCCCAGCUAGCAAAGCCGAAGAUCAACUAUGAGGUGGAGAAGUACCUGCCGAAACCUCAGGCUGAAACACGAUACGGCGAUUUUGAGUUGAUUAACCAUCCAGCUCCAGACCGCCCCGAGCUUCCGGGGCAGGGCAAUCUAGAACGUGAUAAGGGUGAACCUACAUUUCCACCUAAUGACUCUCCAUUGCUCCUACCUUCGAUGCUCGCGCAACGGGAAUCAGAAGAGGACUCGGUGCUGGAUAAGAAGGUGCAGGCAUCGGGGGAUUAUCUGACACGGGAAAGUGCAGGCAAAGAGAAAACGGAACGUCAAAACAAUAAGAGGAAAUCAAUCAGCAAUAUUUGUCCUUUGCCGCGACUUCCGGCUUCGUCUGUGGGUAUAGACACCCUCUGCGUGUCCUUGGUGCCAUUGAACCAGGCUCUCAACCGAAGAUCAUUCAAUGACAGCCCUGGCCUCACUGCUUCAUUGAAUGACUCGAGGAAGCCAUCAAUUGACCUAAAAAUAUCUCUACCGCCUAUUGAAUCCGCCCUCCGUCGUAAUAUCUCGCCUGGGACCAAAGACAAAAAGGCAACGUUUCACACAAGAAGAGUUGUACUCUACAAAAUUGGAAAGCUUGUUGUUGCGAUGGACUACGCUGCAAAGCCAUGA